CAGCCUCCCAACACUUAUGCCUUGCUCAAAAGAAGCAGCAAGCGAAACUGAAGUCGAGAGAGACGGAUGGGUGGAUUUGUAUUUCUUCGCGCUGAGAAACAACAAGUUUGGCACCAGACGAGUCGUCUUUCCAGAGACUUUUUCUGUUCACGCCAACAAUUGAGGAGCAUUUUAGGGAAAAGUACUCCCAAAAAACAGGAUGAGCAGGAUGUUUCCGGGUCUGGACUUGUUAGUUUUAAUGUGUCUUUUGCGACCAGUGAUAUCUGAAACAGGCCACAUCCUACGACCACAAAAUUUUACGCUGCGGUGGAUUAAUGAUUUUGAACCAGAGUUGUCCUGGAAACCACAAGAUUCAGUGCGAAAUUGCACCUAUAAAGUGGAAAAAAAAACCCAGACAGGAGAACCAGGAAGGACUACAGUUAAUACAUCUAUGUGGAGUGAAUUCACAGUAUUGGGUGGAAGAUAUCUGAAUUUUUCUGUCACAACUCAUUGUGAUAACAGCAAUACUGAACUGGCUGUCUAUAACAUCACUUACCCAGAGCUGGUGAAAAAUUUGGUCUGCCACUACUAUGCCCCCGAAAAAACUCGCUGUCAGUGGAACCAAACGAGUGAUGCUCCAGAUCUUGGGUUUUUCUAUCAGUUGACAGAUGAGUCUACUAACAGCAACAACAUAUCGUCAAACUUCCAAGAGUGCUUAUCGUACAUCCGCAAUGCUAAAGGCGUGAAGACUGGUUGUGAACUGCUGGCAAACAACGACUACAGCCUCUACAUCUCGUUUAAGGGAACAGUGAACAACACCACUGCCCGAAACACUUUCAAGAUACAGCUUAAAGAUCACGUGAGACCACCUGCUCUUAAAUGGACAGUCGUGAAAAGUAAGGAUGCUUUCAAUAUCAGCUGGAGUGCCCCUGACAUCUUAGGCCCUGAAUGCUGGAACUACAAAAUCAGAUACACUGACUGUAAUAAGACAGAGAAACAGAAUAUCAACAAACUCAAAAAGAAGAGAUCAUAUUCGCUGGUCCGAGACUCUCGCUGUCAGUACCGCAUAGCUAUUAAGGCAGAGGUAGAAAUAGAAUGCGGCAAUGGAGCGACGCCAUGGAGUGCUGACGAGUAUUUUGACAUAGACAGAGAUCUGGAUGCGUUAGUGUCCGUUGCCUUUAUCAUCCCAUGUGUGCUCGCUGUUCUGGUAGCCUUGAUGUUUGUCUGUUGCCGGAGCAAUAAGGAGAAGUUCUGCCCCAGAAUAAUAACCCCCGUAGACCUCAUCACCGAUAUUGACAACAACAACAAGAGCAAUCUUUACAACUUGCCAGCUCCAGCAGAGGAAGAACAGACCUGUGAAAUCACUGUUUUAGAUCCUGAAGCCAUCAGACUGGAUUGCUGAUGUUUCUGAUGCUAGCUAACGUAGACAGCUACUGUAUUUGCACAAACCGUGCACACGUCGAUGCAGCUAAAAUACAGUGGUGGAAAAAAGUUUUGGGACACAAUGUACAUUUGCAAAAUAUUGCAUUAAGAAUCACUCUUAGGUGCACUCUUCAGGUGCAAUCUCUUUUAGUACAAUCACAGCCACAAUACUAUCAAAAUGCAAAAAAAAAAGCCAUUAAAAACUUAAAAUUGAUUGGUCCAUAAAAAUAUGAAAUUUUGAGUAUUGGGUGAUUCUGGUAGAAUUUAUGAUUUUGUGUCUGUCUGAUGCAGCGACACCUUUAGAAACACAAAGAAGAUUUUCCCACCAAUAUUUCAUGACAACAUUUGAGAUCGUAUCAGAUUUUAAGGGUGUCUGAAAAGUUUUUUGCACCACUGCACGAGCUUCACAAGUCUUAGUCGCUACUGUUUACUGUAGACAGGGUAAGUUACACUGAAUGACAAUUCCUCGAAAGUAGAAGUCAGCGUAUUGUCGACUUCAUCUUCACACCAGCAUUUCUGAAUGAUUUCCAUUCAUCACCGCGUUAUGUUCAUACAUAGCGGCGAACUGCAUUCAGCCAGUUGUUGAACAAGUGCAUUGACUGCUCUAAAAGAACACAUUUCACUUGAACUUGCAUUGCACUCUUUUGCACCAGGUGCUACUUUUGUGAGACCUUUUGGUCACUAGAGCCUGAAUGGAAAUGGACAACCUUACAUUGUUGAAUUAGGGCAGAGCUGCAUCAUCUAAACAACCAUGUAUCUCUGGAGGUGUUGAAGAAAUAUGGUUGCACUUUUUUAAGCCUUUACCAGGUGUUAAAUGCAUUGGCUGAUCCCAGUUUAAUGAGCAUUAUACUUUAAUAUGUUUUAUGUGACUGUUAAUUGUCAUAAUCUGUAGUUUUUUUUAUCCUUCUCCUGCACAUGUCUGCCACCUAUUCUCCCAAAUGUCACUGCCAGUACAAAAAAUAUUUUUUAUACAUAUAUAUAUAUAUAUUUUGUUUAUGCAUUAGUUUGCCUUUUUGACGUCCACCAAGGGAGUUUACAUAUUGAGUUGUUUCCCUGUGUGAUCACAGAGCAUUAUCCCUGUUGGUGCUUACAUACUGUUAAAGCUGUUGUGUUUCUUAUGGCCAUUAAGGUCAUUAUCAGACAUUACGUGUUGAGUUGUUAAAAUGGGCGGCUUGGAGAGGACUGAAGGCCAGUAUGAACCUGUUCUUCCCCUGAAAAGCCCCUGGUCUAUGAAGAAUUCAGCAAAGAGUUGUUAGGCGACAUUGUUGGACGGUGGAAUAAUUGCAUUUUGACGUGAAAUACAGAGCUGCCCUGAAGGAUCACACUGAUAGAGGUAGACUGCUGGGGUGGCAGAGACUAAUUAUUUAGCUUUUAAUAAUGCUCUAUUUGUUCAGUAGGAAUUUAGAAAGGUUGAAAAUGCCAACCUCCAUUGGAAAGUCAAUAUUGGUGCACUUCAUGGAUUACAAGAUUGAGAAACAUCUUACUGGUCUUUUACUAACUGUCUCUGAAGAUAAAAGAAGCCUGAAAAACAGAGAUUGAGCAUUCAGCCACUUUGGUAAGCUCAUGGUGCUGAUCGUGUUCUGACCCAGAAUGCUUUAAAUGGUGACCAGGUGAAGAUAUUUUACAUGGAUGCUUAUCUUCUCUGGUUUUCCAUCAGUUUUUACCUGCUACACCAACCAAAACCUACGAACAAGCUAACAAGCAUGCUAAACUUGGGAGACUAGAAGUAUGUGCCAUACGGAUGGAACAGAAAGCAGCUCAAGGCCCAAUAGAAACAUGGUUCUCCUCACAUCUACCAGCAAAAUGCAGCUGAAAUGGACGCUUUUUCAGCUCAAGCACCGCACAAUUCAACUAAAAUUGGGCUGAAAUGCACCGCGUAAUUCACUGAUUUCUAUCGUGCAAACUCAAGCUUAAACCCACAUUUAUGGUUGAAAUUCUCCACUGAUUUCCUUUAUUCCUGCUUCUGGAGCAGUCCUGAGACGUUUGACGGGCUCAACAUUACAUUUGCUCUCUUAAUCGCACAUCAGAAGACAGCUCGAAUGAAUGUACGGAGUUUGAGGAUAUCCUGUUUAGUGGAAAUCCUAAACUGAAGCCUCUUGAACCAAAAGGCUGCUGAAGGCUGUGAAUGUAAGAAGAAUUUCUACACUCCUGUAAAAACACAGAUGUGUCUGUAUUGGUGCCUGUUUGUGCUUGUGGUGGUCAACGCUGGACGCUACUUAUGAAUGCUUGCUCUGUGCUAAUUUUUUUCUAUAUAAAUUUGCAGAUGCCAUUUCUGCACAGAAAAACAUCGGUUAGUGUGACAUGAAGACUGGAAAUAGUGAGACGGAAGAAGAAGUUUGUAUUUGUCACUGCCACAUUUCAGCAGAGUGAUUAUUUUUUUCUUCUUUGCGUAACCCAGUUUUCUGGAGAAGUGCAGGUCAGAAGAAUUGCUCAAGGGCCCAACAGAGGCUUGAACUCUCAACCUUGUGAUCAGAGCCACGACCAAAUGUCUCUAAAGCCCUUUAAUUGAUGUGUUCGAGUCUCUACUGCUAAAUCUAUGCAGAAACUCACCUGUCAUUGUUAACAAACUGUCUGCUGACACUUAAACUCUCAGCAAGGAAGUGGAAGAUAUUACACAUGAUGUUCACGCACUAGUACUUCUUUACUCGUUUAUUUUAAUUAAAAAAACUAUAAAAUCUGCUUAUAAAAUAAACAAAAUUGUGUUCAUGUAGUUGUGUAAGUUUAUCAUCUAUUAUAAAGAGUGUAUAAGUCACAAAGGUUUCCUGAAUAUUUUCUGCAUUAAAGAUUUGUUUCAUA